ACGCUUUCUGCACUCCAUCUGUACUCUCUCAGGAUCAACUUCAUCAAGGCACAUCAAAAGGCACAGCGAGCACAGUUUUCAUUCAUCACCAAGGGAAAAACAGGAGACUACAGGACUAUUAUUUCUUCAUUGCUACCGCUGUCAACCACCACCACCACCACCACCCACAGGGAUACAAUGCGUGACGCUGGAAAGAGCUCCAGGGACGGAGAUGAUUAUGAGGAGCAGUUCCUGCAUCAGACCAUAGGAGCCUCGCGCAUCCGCUCUCAUUCCACCAAAUAUGGCUCACACAAGGUCAGCCGCCACCAUCACUUCACAUCCACUGCCCCAUCAUCCUCACUACCAUCAACCUCUGCUUCUGCACCAGGUGCUGCAGGGACCUCGGCCUCCUCUGUUUCUGCAUAUCUCGAAAAUUUGCCAUCACUCAACCUCGGUGGCACACCACCACCAAGACCUCCAAGACCGCCCGGUGGACUGCUCGGCAUCAGCAACGGACGAGGCAUUGGCUAUGGCAGAGCGCUAGGAAGCAGUUACGACAGCCCCUUGACCAUCCAUGAUUCCUUCAAUGGCCAUGUGCGUAGCGGAGCCAAUCUUUAUGGUGGCAGGAGCCAGAGUUCAGGACUGGUACACAUCAAGCCAUCUUCAGGACAUCAUCGACCGUCCAUGUCAGUCUUUCCGAUCCAAAAGGCACUCGAGAUUGCCAUGAAAGAAUCAAGACUACUCGCAGCUGCGUCCUCGCGGGGCGGAUCAGGAUCCUCUGGAACGGGUAUGAACACUGGUACAACCUUUGUGAGAGAAUUGAGAAGAGCACGACACACACGCGGUGCUAUUAUCACAGAGCAUGGCCCAACUCCCGACAUUUCUCUUGAUGAAGAGGAAGACGAGGAGACCCAUGCUGCGGAUGCGGAUACCGAUGUGUAUGAUGCUAGAACAAGUUCGAGUCAAGGUCAGGGCGGUAACAGUAGUCGCAGCGACAAUGCCAUGGAGUCAUUUCAGUCCAGAGCAACAGCGCGAUUCGACAAUCUCGGCAGUGACCGGUCACACGAUAUUUCGAUGGGCGAAAGGACAGGAAGUGGGCAUGUGCAUGGCGAUAUCAGGAUCCAGCGACCGGCCAUUGCUUCUUAUGAUUUAAAGACACACUAUCCGGGCAUUGCUUAUCUUCCGCACAACGCCGCUUCAUAUAGCGGUGUGCUGUCUCUGCAUUCGCCCAGGUCUCUCAGAAACGUGCCGUCGACAAGCAUCUGGAAUCAGUCGUCAGGGCGAGGGUCAGGGUCAGGACCGUCACCAGGAUCCGCAUCCGCAGCAGCACUGGCAUCCACUUCAAUUUCAUCAUCAACAUCUUCUGCAUCCGCCGCCGCCAACACAUCUUCCGGUCGUUUCAGCCAUGCAUCGCUUGGCACACUAUUUAUGUCUUCAGGAUCAGCAAGCGCACCAUAUCAAUCUCACUAUUCACCUGUCUUAUCUUCGUCUUCUACCUUUCCAUCUACGCACGCUCUUUUCUCGAACCAUUCGACCCCCUCCUCGUCAAUCCCGGAUAUGACCUCUCGAUCAGCCGUCCACGCUGUCCGCGAACUGUUAGAUUCAUAUCCUGCACCCUCACCAUACUGUGUUGACGACAAGAAGCGGUCGCCGCUGCACUUUGCUGCUGCGUCCGGAGACCUAGAGUUGGUCGAGUUCUUGUUGGAGCGAGGAGUACGACCUGACUGUGGUAGAGAUAUUGCAGGAAACAUGCCUUUGCACCUUGCCAUCAUAUCCAACAGGAUUGAUGUUGUUGCUGCUCUUCUGAAAGCUGGAGCGGACAUGACCCUGGCGUCACCGAUGACACAUAAAACGCCGCUGGACCUCGCAGAGUCGAGAUUGAGCUAUUUGCUGUCAAGGGCACAAGAGACCAUCAAACAAUCUCGAGCUCAGUCCUCAGAAUCAUCCAACUCUGGAAUGCUCGAUCUCCAUGACAGCCAGAUUGCCACACUGUCAUCGUUUCAGCACGCACCACCGACACAGUCACCGGCAUUAUUAUACCAGAUUCGAGGGAUCGUCAACUUGCUACGACCUUAUGUGGUUCGACAACAAAAGCUGCAGCAGGGAGAGCGACAGAAGGAGCGACAAAAGGAACGGUCAUGGGAAAGAGCAGACAAGUAUAUGAGGCAACAUCAAGGACAAGGUGGCGGGUCUGGUCAAGGACUCUGGCGGAUGGAGGCCAACUCGGAUGACAACUUUGGAGAUAUGGAGGACGAGGAUGAAGAUGACGAAGAGGACGACGAUCAUAUGGAUACGGGCGACAGGCGGCGACUUGUACGGAGCCGCUUUACUGUGGUGGAUAUGGAUGGAGACAUGGAGUUGAAUGAUGAUGAGGAUAGCGGUUUUAAGGGACGACCGCUGCACUCGACUAAGACAAAGAGAUCGGCAAGGCGUCCUAUACGAAGGAUGGAUGCAGAUGAGACAGAAGAGGCGCUGGAGAAUCUGAUGAAUGGCCUGUCGCUAUUAGAGGCCAACAGGAAGCAAUUAGAACAACAACAUGCCCAAACCCAGACACAAGGACAAGGACAAAAUCAGGACCAACAGGCACUUCAACAGCUGCAACAGUCGUAUCCACACACACACAUGCAUUCACAUUCACAUUCGCAACAAAGUGGUGUGUCAGAUAUCGCAGACGGCAAUCUGGCGGACAGUGAGUUGGAUCCCCGAAGCGAGCAGGAGGUGGAUGAGGCGUUACCGGACCUGCUAGAGCAAGUCCAACAGGUGCUGCAGGCCAUCAAGCUGAACGAGAAUCAGGGAUAAGUAGGCAAGCCAUCUGGGUUCUCUCCCUCCCUUCUUUCUUUACUGAAAAGAUGAAAUAAAAAUAAUUGACCCCCCC